AUAUUUGUCUUUUUUUUUUCAUUGGAUAAAGAAUCACAGGCAAAGCUUAUUUUUCCCAUUUUCCUCUUUCAUCUAUCUUCAUUCAGUGUUGUUAACUGAUAAAUUCUAAGUUGUGGCAUUUACCGGCGAAGCAUUUUUCAACCGAUAAAAAUGGCAAACAGAGAAGGUGAAGUAGUGUGUGUUACUGGAGGCAGUGGCUUUAUUGGUUCAUGGCUUGUCAGUUUUCUCCUUGACCGUGGCUACACUGUUCACGCCACUGUUAAAGAUCUCAAUGAUGAGAAAGAGACGAAGCAUUUACUUGCUUUAGAAGGAGCUGAAUCUCGUCUUCGUCUUUAUCAAAUUGAUUUGCUUAACUACGAUUCAAUUGUUCCUGCAAUUACUGGUGCUGUAGGUGUUUUUCACCUUGCUUCUCCUUGCAUUGUUGAUGAAGUUAAAGAUCCUGAGAAUGAUCUUCUGUCGCCAGCAAUCAAAGGCACUAGUAAUGUACUUACAGCAUCAAAGGAGCUCGGUGUUAAGCGUGUGGUGGUGACUUCAUCUGUAUCGGCCGUCACCCCAAGUCCUAAUUGGCCUGCUGAUCGUAUCAAGAAUGAGGACUGCUGGACUGAUAUUGAUUACUGCAAACAGAAUGGGGUAUGGUAUCCUUUGUCAAAAACACUUGCUGAAAAAGAGGCUUGGAAAUUUGCCAAGGAAAAAGAUUUGGAUAUUGUUGUGGUGAAUCCAGGAACUGUAAUGGGCCCUAUUGUCCCACCAACCCUUAAUGCCAGCAUGCUAAUGAUUCUUCGUCUUCUACAAGGCUGCACCAAUACAUAUCAAGAUUUCUUUAUGGGAUUAGUCCAUGUCAAGGAUGUGGCAUUAGCUCAUAUUCUUGUUUAUGAAAACAAAUCAGCAAAAGGAAGGCAUUUGUGUGUUGAAGCCAUAACUCACUAUGGUGAUUUCACGGCUAAGGUUGCAGAGCUUUACCCUGAGUAUAACAUUCCUAGGUUGCCAAAAGAUACUCAACCUGGACUAUUAAGGGCCAAGGAUGGAGCUAAGAAGUUGAUGGAUUUGGGACUGCAAUUUAUUGAAAUGGAGCAGAUAAUUAGGGAUUCUGUUGAGAGUUUGAAGAUGAAGGGAUUUAUUUCUUAAGCUCCAUAAUUGUGUAAAUGAGUAAUGUUAUCAUUCCUUUCAGCACCUUAUCAUGAAACAGACACUUCAGGUUCAACUUCUUAAUAACUUUCUAAUAGGAUUGUUUCUCUC